UUUUUAAUAGUUAGUUGUGUGCAAGACCAAGUGUCAAUCAGAACACAAAGAGAGAGCUAUCCACUUGACUGGUUUCUUGCUGGUUGCGUGCAGGCUGAAGCGAAACUAUCCAGCAGACUCCAAGUGCCGUCCAAUCACUCGCUGUAGCUGUGGACUGUGCCUCUCUGGUGAAUGCACACGUGUACAAGGGUAUUUUGACUGUGGACCAGCUGGCUGCGUCUUCUCGAUCUCGUUGCCGGGCCCAGACUGAAGUCCGGAAUCGAUCUUCCUCGGCAACACCCAGUGCUUGUUGUAGUAAAGGCACGUGUUUGACGAUACAUGUUUCGCGAUGUCGGAGGAAGUGAUGAAUAUUCAUGAGGCCGACGAACACGGCGAUACUGAUGCUGGUCUGCAGGGUGGCAACGGUAUCGAUGAUGGACAAAGUCAAAAACAAAAGGCUGAAAAGCCUGAAAAGCAAGUCCCGGUGAUGACCGUUACUUUUGCCGAGCCUGCUGAGUGUGCUGUGCUGGAUCGUCCGGAAGACGAAGAGAAAACCUUGGUCUGCUGUGCGCAGUUGAAUUACGUGGGGUUUACUCUGGUCGACUGGAGAUCGACGAGAUCAGUUCUCAACUGGGUAAUUGGGGAUCGCCUUUUGUUUCGCCGCUCGCAACAUCAACCGAUCACAUUGUUCUGCCACCAGCGCUACUUUAGAGCGGAAGACGCCAAUGACGGGGAACCGGUCUUCCUCCAUCCUAUCUCGGCCAUCUACCAGCUAACACGUGGUCGCGAUGGACUGGGUCUUGCCUACAUCACACACAAUCUAGCACGAGAUCGCUUCUACUGCCACGCGUUCUCUGCUGCAUCGCACGACGUGAUUGCCACUGUGCACGAUGCUUGGUCUGGCAGUAGCGAUCGUGUGAAAACGAAUCCUAAAAGCAUGGACCUGCUCAGCCUGAUUCCACCGGAGAAGCAGGGACUGCUAACGCUGAGUACUGCGUUGCAAGUCGAGGAACAUCGUUUCAACGUGCGCUACCUGGGACAAAUGACAACGACAGCCUCGACUGGCUCGUCCGCUCUUGUAGACAAGAUAGUGGAAGCAGCUAUGAACAAGCAGAAAGAGCAGCAACGGCGACGGCAACAGAUCAUAAAGGAAGGACGGCUACAGCAGUCCAGGCGAGAAAUGCAACUGCAGCGCAAAGAGUCACAAGAGCAACCGGCCAGCGGAGGACAGGAUAAUGUCGAUGGCGUGCUGUCUGACAUUGUUGCGAGUACCACGCACAAAGUCAAGGCUGAGUUACAAGGAGCGGCAGCUACUGUUGCUGCUACAGCUACAGCAGCCAUCAAUGUGCAGAAAGAGCCCAGCGACAGUGAUCUGAAGGACAUUCAUCGCUCACAGAGUCAGGGUGGCACAGCCAAGUCGCGAUUCUUCAAUCUGAUUCGUCGUGGCGGUCAGGGUCCAGCUGGCACCGGCAUUGGUAGCAGUACAACGCUGACUCCGACAUCUAGUGAUUCGCCAACCCAUGCCACAAGCAGUGAUGAAAAGCUGGAUUUCCAGAGAUCGGUCAGUGGACCGAAUAGCUCGUCACCUCCUUCCAAUGGAGCAGUGCCUGAGCUUGCAAUGACUCGUCGAAGUAGCGAUGGCCGAUUGAGCAGCUCGCCUCGUACUAUAUCUGCGAGCCCCAUGCACAUGGAUGAUAUUGAUUCCUUGCAGCGUGACCGAUCAAAGUGCAGCAGCAGGGCUAGUAACGUAACAGAGUCCACGCUAACCGCAUCGUCCACUGGUCCCGUGACAAUAGCCGAUAGUGGCGACUCCGGUGUCAGCGCCGCAUCGACACCGGAUAGCGACCGGCACAUAUUCCGCACGCCAUCAUCUUCAGUGCUGUCGGAUAGCUCAGGCGCCGUCGGCUGUGUGUUCAGUGACAGAUCUGAUAGCCCGCCGUCCUAUGGUUUGAAUUACCGCAUUGUCAACCUGUGCAUCUCCGCCGAGUCCAUUCGCUUUUACGACACGAGCAACGCAGCGGGAAAAGCAAGACGCUCAGUGAGCCGCUCAUCAAGUAGUAGUGCGGGUGAAGAGCUGGCAGAUUCCACCACCACCAAACGCCUGUGCUGGGAGCGCAAACUCUCGUCCGUGUCAUAUUGUGCCAAGGGCCAUAUCCACAGCACAAGCUGGUGUCUAAUCGUGUCCGAGUCCUCUUCUGCGUCCAGCGCACCUGCACCUGGCAUCAACUCGAGUCCAAACUUUGUGUGCUACCUCUUCUCAUGUGAGACGGAAGAGUCGUGUGUCACGAUAAUGGAGUCCAUUACGAAGAGCUUCAAAGUGGCAUUUGAGCUACACCGGAACCCUCCGGUCACUAUUCGGUCGCCAUUCUGCGAGACCUGUCCGAUGUACACUCUGCACAAACUUUGUGUUCAAGUCAACAAUUGCCUGAAUGCUAAGGCGGCUCAGGCCUUUGCUACUAAGGCAAUUGAAGGCUUACCGAAAGAAGAUCGCACGUGGAUGUCGGACCGUGCGCAAGCUAUCCAGCAGUUUAGUGAGGACGUGCAGCUACAGAUCACCAUGGGCAUGCUCAGGGGGAUUUCAGAGCGUCUGCAGAGCGAGCACAGUCACUCCGAUAGCGAAAAGCCUAUGGAGGUUGAAGACAAUGAUGAAGCGACAUCCAAGCCGCGCCUCGGCCCAUUGUCCAGGGCAAAGCGUACCUUAGCCAGCUCCAUUGAAGGCCUUCGUAAGAAGGAUCGACCAGCUGCCUCACCGUCAGCAAUCAGAGCGGGGAAGAGUGAGAGUCCAAGCACAUCACUUCGACGGAAGACCAUCGGACAUGAGGGAGACGCGGAAAGUGGACCUGAAUCAGCGCGUGCAUCUCAGCGACAUCCGAGCCUUCCUGUCGUAUCGGGACAGGUACGAUCAUCACCUCUUCACGGCAGUCCACACCCAUCACCGCCAGGCACGCCCACACUGUCAGUUCCAGCACAUACUCCACCAUCGCUGCGUCGCAGAACUCCCAGAUCACCAACCAGGAAGACAUCUUUCCGUCAUUCGAUAUACAAGACUGCGCACGCAACACCUGGUGGCCAGCCGUUAUCCCCUUCUAAAGAAGCUGCUGGUGAUGAUGAAGAUGACGAUGAGCUGACCAAGAAGUCCGGCCUUGAUCCGCUGCUCACCCCUCGUCGCGACUACACCAGUUCACCAACUGCCAGAGGCUUGUGGAAGAGAGCUAUAGAUGAGCAAGUGAUGUUGGUGAGAUUGGAGAAGGCCUCGCAGAAACACUAUGAGCCUGGUGAGCUAGAGGCCAGGAGGUUAGCCUACGGUGACAUGCUUGAGCAGAGCGAGCAGGAGCGCCUCACCCAGGUCUGGGAGAAACUACUCAGUUCAGCGAAGAAUGCAAAGCUUGAACAGCUGUCUGCGCUGAAAAGCGGCGUGAGGAAAGCCGUAGCAGAUGGAAUACCAAAGGGUCUACAUGGACGUGCCUGGAAACUAUUGAAUUCACUGCAACCACCUUCUAAGCUAUUGAAGCCAAAGCCUGUUGGUAAUUCCGACUCUGGAUAUUCGACCCCUCCUGCGAAUGGCCAGAUUUUGGACUUCGAAAUUCUCAAAGUCCAGAGCACACCUUUCCUCCAUGCCAUCAUCAUUGACCUCGGUCGCACGUUUCCUGGCCAUGAGUACUUCCAAAGUGUCGCUGGUCCCGGACAGUGCUCUCUAUUUCAUGUGCUGCGUGCUUACGCCAGCGUGGAUCAGGAUGUCGGCUACUGCCAAGGCUUGAGCUUUGUCGCUGGCCUCCUGAUCAUGCAUGCGGACACAGACAGCGAUGCCUUCCACUUUCUACUUGCACUGAUGUACGACGAGCUGCGUGAUCAGUACAAGCCGGAUAUGGCAAGGUUGCAGGUGAGACUGUACCAGUUGUCUCGUCUGCUCCACGACUAUCACCCAAGGAUGCAUGAUCUGUUUGAAAAGCACGACGUAGCGCCGUUCUUCUACGCAGCGCCGUGGUUCCUGACUUUGUUCUGCUCCCAGUUUCCACUCUACUUUGCUACAAGAACAAUGGAUCUUAUCUUCUUGGAUGGCAUUGAUGCAAUUUUCAAGGUGUGCCUGACACUACUACGCCAUGCCGAGCGGCAACUGCUAGAGUGCACCAGUUUUGAACAGAUCUUGGAGUGCAUGAAGGCAGUGCUGCCAGCACUUGGUGCGCGAGUACCAGACACGAUUGUCAGAGAGGCCAUGGACAUGGAUAUUCACGAGAAGCUGAGAACGUUUGAGGUUGAGCAUGCAGUGCUGCAGGACCUGGAUAACACGCAGACCAUGAGCGCUGAUCUAGAGGCAGCCAACAUUGCACUGCGCUCGCAGCACACCGACCUCAUUCAGCAGCUGGCCGUGGCACGCGGCAGUGCGCUGAGACUGCAGGACACUGUCAAUGAGCUGAGCACAGAGAAUGCGCGCCUUGUUCAGCAAUCAGAACGGUUCACUGUGCAAAUCACUGAUUUGAGACACACCGUGGCUCAGUUGCAACGACAGCUGGCUGUCAAUACCUCGACCGAGAGCAGGGAGGAAGCAGCGGCGGAUGAAGUUAACGAAGGUGUUUCUACAGGUUCUAUUGUCAUCAGACGGAAUAACCUGAAGCCACCUCAUGCGAGUGGCCUGCGUCGUCGUCUUUCUGUGCCCGUGUUUUCUCAAACAAGACCAAUGGUGCAGCGCCGAUAUCAACGGUCAUUUGACGACUUGGCCGAGACUCCAAUAUCAAAACUGGAGCAAUUCUUCGCAGAGGCUGACCUUGACAACAUGCGAAGAUAAAUUUACAAUUUGCCCGGCAUGAUCAGCCGGAAAAGGAGACCAUACUGCCGUGACAACAUGCGAAGAUAAAUUUACAAUUUGCCCGGCAUGAUCAACCGGAAAAGGAGACUAUACUGCUAAUAUGCAAUGCAGAGCAAAGAAGCAGAAUGGAGAAGAAAUUUGAGAAAAAAAACUUUAAUCAAGAUGCACAGUAACUUAUUCAGCACCGCCAAUGGCAUGUUAAUCUUAUGCAUUCUAUUUAUUUUUGGGAACAAAUAGAAAACAAAAUUUUCUUGAUGAAUCUCAUUCAACAAUGCAAAUAUAUUGUUAUCUUUCCUAUCUGCAAAAAGAAGCUGGCUAUGUACAAAGCGAUUGAUUAUUUCCAUGCUGUAUUUACAAUAUAUGCACAUGUACACAGGUAGCAAUGCUUGACUUGGUUAUUGCUACUGGCUGCUGCUGCUGCUGGUAUUUCCGCAUCUGAACACUCCAGCUCUGUCACUGUUCUCAUAAGUCCUUGACCAUGUAUGGGCCUUCAAGCUCAUAGCCAA